AGCCUGAAUGCGGCUCAUCUUCAUUCAUGCUGAGCGCGGCUCCGUGUGCGCGCCGAUCUGCAGAGCCGGGCUUCGGAACCGCCGCUCUCUGACCAGCCAAGCGGGCAUGGAAGCGACUUCCUCUGCGAACCGGACCGCCUGAAGGGGAAUGCUGAGCAGGGUGAACGCGGAGGACGCCUUUUCCUGGCUGGUGACGGAUGAGGCCGAUGGAGGGAUGAGGAUAUAAGAAGAAGAGGAGGAAGAAACGGAAGUGGAAAACAAUUGCUUGGAAAUUUCUUCUUUUGUUUCAGUAGUACGUUGCGCUCUUGUACGGGACCGACUGCUGUCAAAAGUACAGACACCCUCUUGCUCACACGUUCCCUUCCCCCUCCAUCAUGUCCUCCCACUUCAGUCCACCCCUUGUCAUCCUCCCCUUCAUCCUUGUCCUCUCCUUUGGCUCCACCUCUCCUACCUCCUCCUCCUUCUUUUCCUUCUCUCCCCCGGAAGGAGGUCUCACUCAUUUGGUGGUCCACAACAGAACUGGAGAAGUCUAUCUGGGUGCCGUCAACUGGAUCUACAAGCUUUCAAGCAACCUCACCAAACUGCGAAGCCACGUGACUGGUCCCGUCACGGACAACCCUCGGUGUUACCCCCCCCCUGGUGUGCAGUCCUGCCCCCACGAGCUGGUGCAAACUUCAAAUGUCAAUAAACUUCUGCUGCUCGAUGCGGCCCACAACCGUUUAAUUGCAUGUGGGAGUACUUCCCAGGGAAUCUGCCAGUUCCUACGUCUGGAUGAUUUAUUUAAGCUUGGGGAGCCCCACCACCGUAAAGAGCAUUAUCUAUCCAGCGUGGCUGAAGCAGGCACCAUGUCAGGGGUGGUCAUCUCCCCAGAUAUCUUUAGCGGGGACGGCAAACUAUUUGUUGGUACUCCAAUCGAUGGAAAGUCCGAGUACUUCCCAACGCUGUCAAGUCGCAAGCUGAUGUCCAACGAGGAGAAUGCCGACAUGUUCAGCUUUGUUUACCAGGAUGAGUUUGUCUCAUCUCAGCUUAAGAUUCCCUCUGACACACUCUCCAAGUUCCCCGCAUUUGAUAUCUACUACAUCUACGGCUUCAACAGUGAGCAGUUUGUGUACUACCUGACCUUACAGCUCGACACACAGCUCACCUCACCAGAUGCAAGCAGUGAGCAGUUCUUCUCGUCUAAGAUUGUCCGGCUUUGUGUUGACGAUCCAAAGUUCUACUCCUACGUCGAAUUCCCCAUCGGUUGCACCAAAAACGGAGUGGAGUACCGCUUGGUUCAGGAUGCCUACUUGGCCCGGCCGGGGGCCCGUUUAGCCCGAUCACUCGGCAUCAGGGAGCACGAGGAAGUUCUGUUCACCGUGUUCGCCCAGGGUCAAAAGAACAGAGCCAAACCACCCAAGGAGACGGCUCUGUGUCUGUUUACAAUGAGGCAGAUAAAAGAGAAGAUCAAAGAGAGGAUUCAGUCGUGCUACAGAGGAGAAGGGAAGCUCUCCCUGCCUUGGCUGCUCAACAAGGAGCUGGCCUGCAUCAACUCGCCGCUGCAGAUAGACGAUGACUUUUGCGGCCAAGACUUCAACCAGCCCCUGGGGGGCACGUCCGCCAUUGAGGGCAUCCCGCUUUACGUGGACAAAGACGACGGCAUGACCUCUAUUGCUGCCUAUGACUAUCGAGGGAACACGGUGGCUUUCACGGGCACUCGCAGUGGACGCGUCAAGAAGAUUCAGGUCAAUUCAAUUUCCCAGCCGGCUCUGCUGUAUGAGAAUGUGGUGGUGAGCGACGGGAACCCCAUCCUGAGAGAUCUCCUCUUCAGCCCGGAUCAUCAGUUCCUGUACGCCCUGACUGAUAAACAGGUCACUCGUGUAUCAGUGGAGAGCUGCGAGCAGUACACUUCCUGUGGAGAGUGCUUGGGAUCAGGAGAUCCUCACUGUGGCUGGUGUGUUCUACACAACGUAUGCUCACGCAGGGAUCGCUGCGAGCGAGCUGACGAGCCGCAGCGUUUCACCAGCAGAGUGGAGCAGUGCGUCCAUCUCUCCGUUCACCCAGAGACCAUUUCUGUCACCAUGUCAGAAGUGCAGCUGGUGCUUCAAGCGCAGAAUGUGCCCAGCCUGUCAGCUGGAGUUAACUGCUCCUUUGAGGACUACGUAGAGACGGAAGGACGCAUCUACAGCGGACGGAUCUUCUGCUUGUCUCCUUCUACUAAAGAUGUUGCACCCAUCACACGAGAUCAGGGUGACCAGCGUGUCAUUCGCUUGUACCUGAAGUCGAAGGAGACGGGGAAGAAGUUUGCCAGCGUUCUGUUCGUCUUCUACAACUGCAGCGUCCACCAAUCGUGUCUAUCCUGCGUGAAUGCAAACUUCCCCUGCCACUGGUGCAAAUAUCGCCACAUGUGCACUCAAGAUGCCAGCGACUGCUCUUUUCAGGAGGGGCGAGUCAACACGUCACAGGAGUGCCCUCAGAUCCUGCCCUCCACCCAGAUUUAUAUCCCCGCUGGGGUAAUGAGGCCGAUUACACUUCUGGCCCAGAACCUGCCCCAGCCUCAGUCUGGACAGCGAAACUAUGAGUGCAUCUUCCACAUCCAGGGCAGCGUGCACAGCGUCCCUGCUCUCAGGUUCAACAGCAGCAGCAUCCAGUGUCAGAAGACCACGUACGACUACGAGGGCAGUGACAUCAGUGACCUCCCGGUUGACCUUUCUGUGGUGUGGAACGGCAACUUUGUCAUCGACAACCCCUUCAACAUUCAAGCUCACCUUUACAAGUGCAGAGCGUUGCGGGACAGCUGCGGGAUGUGCUUGAAGGCCGACCCGCGCUUUGAAUGUGGCUGGUGCAUUCAAGACAAGAAGUGCUCCUUAAGACAGGAGUGCACCAGCGGAGGAAACUCCCAUCAGCCACUGCAGUUGGCUGAAGGAGCAGGAUGGAUGCACGCCACAUCGGGAAACAGCCGCUGCACCCACCCAAAAAUCACCAAGUUGUUCCCUGAGACGGGGCCCCGCCAAGGGGGCACCAGGCUGACCAUCUUGGGCGAAAACCUGGGUCUGGAAUUCAGAGACAUCCAGAUGGGCGUCAGGGUGGGGAAGGUGCCGUGUGUGCCCAUUGAGGACGAGUACGUCAGUGCAGAAAGAAUAGUGUGUCUGCUGAACGACGCUACCAGCUACAGAGUCCAAGAGGCCCAGGUGGAGGUGUGUGUGAGGGAUUGCGUCAACGACUACAGAGCCCUGUCGCCAAGGCCGUUCACCUUUGUGACUCCAUUCUUCACCCGUAUCCAGCCUUCUCAAGGACCCGUCUCAGGAGGAACCCGGGUCACCAUUGAGGGAAGCUACCUGAACGCCGGCAGCUAUGUGUCUGUCAGCAUCGGCCUACAGUCGUGCCAUUUCAAGAGGAGGAACGCCCGUGAGAUGGUCUGCGUUUCCCCAGCUGGAAUGGCAGCAGGCGCCGCCUCGGUGCUGGUGGACAUUGAUGACGCGGAGCUCAGGAACCCAGAGGUCAAAUUUAUCUACACUGAAGACCCCACGAUCCUGAGAAUAGAGCCUGACUGGAGCAUUGCCAGUGGUGGGACUCUGCUGACAGUGAGCGGAACCAACCUGGCAACCAUCCGGGAACCGAAGAUCAGGGCCAAAUAUGGGCAGGCAGAGUCCUUUCAUAACUGUACGGUGUUCAACAAUUCUGUCAUGGUGUGCCUCGCCCCGUCAGUCGCUGACUCUGAGCUUGGCUUUUCUGAGACCGGCACUGGCCCAGAUGAGAUCGGAUUCUACAUGGACAACGUCAACGCCCUGGUGGUGGUCAACGAAACCUUCAACUACUACCCAGACCCUGUCUUUGAACCGCUGAGUCCAUCCGGCAUCCUGGAGCUCAAACCUCCAUCACCUCUGAUUCUCAAGGGUCGGAACCUGAUCCCGGCGGCUCCAGGUAACAAUCGCCUGAACUACACGGUCCUGAUCGGAGAGACGCCGUGCAUCCUCACGCUGUCUGAGAGCCAGCUGCUGUGCGAAUGGCCCAACCUGACCGGACAACACAAAGUCACGAUCCGUGCUGGUGGCUUCGAGUACUCUCCAGGGACUCUUCAGAUCUACUCCGACAGCCUGCUGACUCUUCCUGCCAUCAUUGGCAUCGGAGGGGGAGGCGGCCUGUUGCUGUUGGUCAUCAUUGCUGUGCUGAUAGCCUACAAAAGGAAGUCCAGAGACGCAGACCGCACCCUGAAACGUCUGCAGCUCCAGAUGGACAACCUGGAGUCCAGAGUGGCCUUGGAGUGUAAAGAAGCCUUUGCCGAGCUUCAGACGGACAUUCACGAGCUGACCCAGGAACUGGACGGAGCUGGAAUUCCCUUCCUGGACUAUCGCACGUACGCCAUGAGGGUCCUGUUUCCCGGGAUUGAGGACCACCCUGUGCUUAAGGAGAUGGAGGUACGGGUCCAAGCAAAUGUUGAGAAGGCACUCACACUUUUUGGCCAGCUGCUGACCAAGAAGCACUUUCUGCUGACUUUCAUACGAACCCUGGAGGCGCAGAGGUCGUUUUCCAUGCGGGAUCGUGGCAAUGUGGCGUCUCUGAUCAUGACGGCCUUGCAGGGGGAGAUGGAGUAUGCAACAGGGGUCCUGAAACAGCUGCUGUCCGACCUGAUAGACAGAAACCUGGAGAGCAAAAACCAUCCUAAGCUGCUGUUAAGGAGAACGGAGUCGGUUGCUGAAAAGAUGCUGACCAACUGGUUUACAUUCCUGUUGUAUAAGUUCCUCAAGGAGUGUGCGGGAGAACCUCUGUUCAUGCUGUACUGUGCCAUCAAGCAACAGAUGGAGAAGGGCCCCAUUGACGCCAUCACAGGAGAGGCCCGCUAUUCUCUUAGUGAGGACAAGCUCAUCCGACAGCAGAUUGACUACAAAACACUGACGCUGCACUGUGUAAACCCCGAGAACGAGAACGCCCCCGAGGUGACAGUGAAGUGUCUGAACUGCGACACCAUCACUCAGGUCAAAGAGAAGCUGCUGGAUGCUGUGUACAAAGGCAGUCCCUAUUCACAGCGGCCAAAGGCCUCUGACAUGGACCUGGAAUGGCGUCAGGGUCGAAUGGCCAGGAUCAUCCUGCAGGAUGAAGACGUCACAACCAAGAUCGACAAUGACUGGAAACGACUCAACACACUGGCUCACUAUCAGGUAACAGACAGCUCAGUCAUCGCCCUGGUGCCAAAGCAGAACUCUGCCUACAACAUCUCCAACUCCUCCACCUUCACAAAGAGCCUCAGCAGAUACGAGAGCAUGCUGAGGACAGCCAGCAGUCCAGACAGCUUGCGAUCCCGAACGCCAAUGAUCACACCUGACCUGGAGAGUGGAACCAAACUGUGGCAUUUGGUGAAGAACCACGACCACUCAGAUCAAAGGGAGGGUGACCGAGGAAGCAAGAUGGUCUCCGAGAUCUACCUGACCAGACUGCUCGCCACAAAAGGAACUCUACAGAAAUUUGUGGAUGACUUGUUUGAAACCAUCUUCAGCACCGCCCACAGAGGCAGCGCACUGCCGCUGGCUAUCAAAUACAUGUUCGACUUCCUGGACGAGCAGGCCGACAAGCACUCCAUCACAGACUACGACGUACGACACACCUGGAAGAGCAACUGUCUUCCUCUGCGCUUUUGGGUGAACGUCAUCAAAAACCCACAGUUUGUGUUUGACAUCCAUAAGAACAGCAUCACGGACGCCUGCCUCUCCGUGGUGGCUCAAACCUUCAUGGACUCCUGUUCGACGUCUGAGCACAAACUGGGAAAAGACUCGCCCUCCAAUAAGCUCCUCUACGCUAAAGACAUCCCCAACUACAAGAACUGGGUAGAGAGAUAUUACUCGGAUAUCUCCCGAAUGCCAGCAAUCAGUGAUCAGGACAUGAGUGCCUACCUAGCAGAGCAGUCCCGGCUGCACCUCAGCCAGUUCAACAGCAUGUCGGCGCUGCACGAAAUCUACACCUACAUCAUCAAGUACAAAGACGAGAUCCUGUCUGCGCUACAGAAAGACGAACAGUCACGCCGGCAGCGGCUACGAGGCAAACUAGAGCAGGUCAUCGACACCAUGGCUCUGGCCAGCUGAGGACCGGCCCAGUUUGUGCAGAACUGGAUUAACAAAAAAAAAAACACACACCUUGUGAUUAUUUUUUUUGAUGUCUGUAAAACUUACAACCUACAGUCAAGGAAAUGACUGGAAGGACACAGGCACCCAGCAGCAGCAGCACACAGGAGCAAGCGCCUCCUUCUGUUCCCCUCAACGUCUCUUUCCUGAGCCACUAAUCCAACAAGGGCCACCCAAAUCAAACAUGGACCUGACAUCACUCAGCUGGAGUGAACGCGUAACUGCCAAGGCUGUGGCUCAGACAGUCAAAACCCAGGAAUCUCUUCGGCCCUCUCGUUUAUCCUUUUGCUUCUGCUGACCUCCAGAGGACACGAAAGGUCAGGGACGGCUGCAGAGGCGCUGAGGACGGACCUUCUCCAACCCCCACCCCCAGUGCUGUGCCACUUGUGUUACUGCUGAAUUUGCACAACAAAGCUAAAUCAAAAGAGAGGAUAUAUGAAAAAUCUAUAUAGAUAUAUAAAUAAAACCCGCUGUUUUUAAAACAAAUGAGAAGUUUAAAAAAAAAACAUUUUCCAUUUAAGUGUAUAAAUUUCAGAAGGUUUGAUAUUUCCUAGAUGAAAACUUUAGAAAAACACAAGGAAAAAGUCGUCUUGUGCCAUGUUUUAUUUUGAAUGUCGUUCAGUGCAAAGAAACUCCUUUUCGUUAGAUGAAACGUGCAAAUAUGAAAAUGUUGUCAUGCCUAGUGACUCAAAGUUUAAUUAUAGGUAAGUGGCAGGAGAAAAAAGCUUGAUUGAAAUACAGAAACUCUUUGUUAAAGAAGGUUUUUAGGGCCAUUUGUGAUACUUUCCUGGGCUCUAAAGAAGACGUGUGUCUGCUCAGCCAGCCAACCUACAGUGCUCUUGUGUUUCGUUUUAGAGAAACCAAAUACAUCACGGUCAGCUGAUUUCAACUCCUGCCCUCUAACAGCAUUUCUAAGGUGUGCCGUCCAAACCCAGGCCCGUCAGUGAUAUCUGUUUUUUGGUCAGCUAAAGAGCCCUUUUCUCCUUUUUCUUUUUAAAUGUGAAUGUGAUUUUUUGAAAAGUUUAAUGACAUGUAGCUUGAGAUUUGUGAGUGUUUUUGUACACAGUGAAGGCCUUUCUCUUUUUUUCUGUUUGGUGGUCAUAAUGGGGUAAAAAAAAGAGAAGAAAAAUGAGUUUGAAUGAUUUCAAAAAGCUGGAGUUUUCUUACAGGUCCAAACGUCUUCAUCAAACGCUUUGAAAACAUGGCUUUGGAUCUCUGAAACAGGAACCAGUACCUCAAGAACCAUGACUUCUUCUUCCCUUCAGCCAGUGCUUCCCUCUGAUUUGACAAUUUGUUCAGAGAGUUAGGAUUUUCUGAAUGAGCUCACACCUUUUCUGUAUAAUCUCUAAAUUCAUGUCAUGGGUGAAACAGAUCUGGAUUUCUUAUUUUCUUUCCUCAGUCUUAACGAGAGAUCAAUUGUAAAACCUGCAAAAAUGAAUAGAAUCUUUUUAUUCCCAUUUUUAAACACACACUUUUACAUUUAAAGCAGUGCUGUGAACAAAGAAAAGUGUGGCCAACACCCAAAGGUGACUGACAAUUCCGUCUGUGCCGAGUGAUAAUUACUCCGUCACCUGAUUUAGAAGUUUUAAAAUGAACACCUGUGCUAUUUAAGACCCUCCUUUUUUUUUUAUUUUGCGCUGUAAAAGAAAAGUAUUUUAUGCUUUGUUUUGUGCUAAUUUGUCACACAAUUAAUGAAGACUUAAAACUGAUUUUUAAAAUUCAAAAGUGCAGUUUCAAUCAAGGCAAAAACAGAAAAAAAUCUGUUAAAACCUUUCUCCAAAAAAGAUAGAAGUCUAGAAACCCUUUAGGUAGUCAUCUCUUUUGGGGUCAACAGCUGCAGUCUGAAAUUUGCAUUUAUUAGUCUUUAAUGUUUCUGCAGCUACAUUUCUUUAUUAGGAGAUUGCUAGAAUAUUUUUAUCAUUAUUACAAUUACAAAAAGUAGCUCAAACUGAAUUAUUAUUGUAAAUGGCGUCUUCUUAAUUACCACUUUGUCUACCUUUCUUAAAGGCCCAAAAUGUUUACUGUCUGGUUCACACAUUAAUAGUGGCUCUGCUGCCUUGCACAGGCGCCAGCCUAAGACCACCAGGAGCAAUGUGGGGUUCCGUGUCUGGCCCAAGGACACUUUGACAGGAAUCAAACCUGUCAUUUUCUGAUCAGAUGUCAACGGUUCUGCCUCUGCACCAUGGCUGCCCCACAUAUGCUGAAAGACUAUGAAAAUACAAGCAAACCGACAGGAUCCCCAGAAAUCGUGAUAAACAACCAAAACUAUUCUGAAAAAUAUAAACUGCAUCCACUGCUGGUUGCUGUCUAAAUAGUCAAAGUCCUGCAGUCCUUCACGGCUUUUGGCUGCUUGAUAAUCCUCGGAAAAGUUCUUCAACCGUAAAGGUUUUACAUGACACAAAUCUAUUGUUAGUUUGAGGGUCUAAAUUACUUAAGGUGGACAAACAUGAAUACAAUUUAAGGGGGCACAUACUUCCAGAUCAUUCCUCAGUUUCUGUUCAUCGACUUCCUCAUCCAGACCGUCAUCCAUCUGAGACUCUGCAUUUUUAAUCUCACAGCACAAACUUGUGUUUGGACAAAACUAAACUGUUCUGUGUGUUCUUUAGUACUUGAACCACUGAUCUACACAGGGUAAAACGACAUGCAGAGCAAGCUGACCAAAGCCUUUUUUUCUUUCGUCCACAUCAGAAAGACUGUGAGAAAAAGCCUUUAUUUUUAUUUUAUUUUUUGCUUUUCUGUUCUUCCAGGAAAACGAUUGUAGAGUUCAGUUUGUCAUUUAAGUAUUUGCUGUUGAUUUUUUAUUCUUGUGUAGUGAAUUCAUUUUCCUUCCAUGUACAGACUCGUAAAGACAUUCUGCUCAAUCUCAAUGACUGAAAUGAAAUGUCUGGGCUUGUGAAUACUUACACUGAAGCUUUUUGAUGAAAACUUGUAAACAUUAUUUUGAUGAUUUUGAAAGACUUUUGAGAGGAGAAAACAAAUAAUAAGCAAACUGGGGGCUGA